GAGUUCCUUUUAACCCCUAGGGGAGGCGCUGCUUUCCUUCGAGGCGGUAUCAUCUGGCGUAUAUCUAUGGAGGUCCUCGGAGAUGGUGCAUUGGAGGAAGCUAUCACAAGGUCUCAGGAAGGUCCCUCUUCAGAUGCUCGAGAUGCCUCGGCAGCCAUUGUUUUGAGCCGCAGUGGUGACGAGUACCACGAUGACAUGCUCACCCCUGAGGAAGAGGAGUUCGUGUGCGGAACAUAUCUCGUCUAUGUGGAGAAUUUUGAUACAUCGUCAAAGCUUUCAUGGUGGCCUUCCCCGACAACAUGGGAAACCUCCGGUCUCAAUUUUGGACACUGGACGCCAUUCUGCGAGUCUUGGUUCAAAUCUCACUUGGAGAAGAUUCGUUCAGGUACGAACAAGCCUAAGAAUGCGACGACUUGGAGAAGUAACAUCAAAUUGGAGAAAGCAAAGGUCCGGAAGCUGUCACUUAGGGUGGCCGAAGCAAAUGAGGCAUACCUCCUUAAUGAUGUAGGCAUCGAGACUUUGUAA